UGCGGUUUGUUUCACUUUCACUCUCCCGGACUGUGAGCGGUUUGUUUCAGCGCAGAGUCACUCAGUUCCUGGAGAACAUGUCCCUCCUGGUUCUCCUCCUGUGUUUGUUCUUCGUGUCAUCGUCUUGGACUGCGGUGACACAAACCAGAAAAGAAAGCGAGUCCUCUUUUCCAAAAUCGACCAGUGGAGAGACGUUCCCCUGGAACAAGAUGAGGCUUCCUCAGACCGUCUCUCCGUUCCAUUACACUCUCCUCAUCCACCCCAACCUCACCAGCCUCGACUUCACAGGGAACGUGAAGAUCCGAGUGGACGUCCUCCAGGACACGCACACCGUCGUCCUCCACAGCAAGGAGCUCAACAUCUCCAGGGCUGGUCUCCGGGACUUGGCUGAAGGUCAGAGCCAGGCUCUCAGGGUUCUGGAGUAUCCGGCCUACCAGCAGAUCGCGCUCGUCAGCGAACACAUGGUGCUGAGGAAGGGAGCUGUGUACGUCAUCGAGCUGGAGUUUGCAGCCAAACUGUCUGAGAGCUUCCACGGGUUUUAUAAAAGCACGUACCGCACCAGCGAUGGAGAGGAACGGGUGUUGGCCUCCACUCAGUUUGAGCCGACGAGCGCGCGAGCAGCGUUCCCUUGUUUCGAUGAACCUGCAUUCAAAGCCAACUUCUCUAUUCACAUUCGCCGAGAGAGCAGACACAUCGCCAUCUCCAACAUGCCCAAGCUGAGGACGCUGGCUCUCCCAGGAGGUCUGUUUGAGGAUCAGUUUGACGCGACUGUGAAGAUGAGCACGUACCUGGUGGCCUUCAUCGUGUGCGACUUCCUGUCCAUCAGCAAACACACUCAGCAUGGAGUCGAGAUCUCGGUCUACGCUGUCCCCGAGAAGAUAAACCAGGCCGAGUUUGCUCUGGACGCUGCAGUGAGGCUGUUGGACUUCUACGAUGAUUACUUCGACAUUCCCUAUCCUCUACCUAAACAAGAUCUGGCUGCCAUCCCGGACUUCCAGUCAGGCGCGAUGGAGAACUGGGGUUUGACCACCUACAGGGAAACAGCUCUGUUCUUCGACCCCCACAAGUCCUCAGCCUCCGACAAGCUGGGCAUCACCAUGAUCAUCGCACACGAGCUCGCACAUCAGUGGUUCGGUAAUCUGGUGACGAUGCAGUGGUGGAACGAUCUCUGGCUGAACGAGGGCUUCGCUAAGUUCAUGGAGUUCGUGUCUGUGAACAUCACCAACCCCGAGCUGCAAGUGGAGGACUAUUUCCUUGAGAAGUGUUUCGAGGCGAUGGAGGUGGACAGUUUAAGCUCCUCUCACCCCGUGUCCACCCCCGUAGAGAACCCGGCUCAGAUCCGGGAGAUGUUCGAUGACGUGUCUUACGACAAGGGUGCGUGCAUCCUGCACAUGCUGAGGGAGUUCCUGAGCCCUGAAGACUUUAAGAUGGGGAUCGUUGCCUACCUGAAACGCUACAGCUACCAGAACACCGUCAACACACACCUGUGGGAGAGUCUGACCGCUAAGCAGCACUCUGAAGACGAGGUGGACGUCAGGGCGAUGAUGGACACGUGGACCCUGCAGGAAGGCUUCCCGCUCAUCACGGUGGAGGUCAGAGGUCGUGAAGUGCGCCUGAGUCAGGAGCGAUACCUGAAGGGCGACGACUCGUCCCAAACCUCUGGAUUUGUGUGGCACGUUCCGCUGACGUACAUCACCAGCAGCUCGAGCACAGUGCAUCGCUUCCUGCUGAAGACCAAGACAGAUGUGCUGUACCUGCCUGAGGAAGUGGACUGGAUCAAGUUUAACGUGGACAUGAGCGGAUAUUACAUCGUCCAUUAUGAGGGCUCGGGCUGGGACGACCUCAUCACUCUGCUCAAUCACAACCACACGGCUCUGAGCAGCAACGACCGGGCCAGUCUCAUCAACAACGCCUUCCAGUUGGUCAGUGUGGGGAAGCUGCCGCUGGACAAAGCCCUGGACCUGUCGCUGUAUCUGAGCCGGGAGACUGAGAUCAUGCCCGUGACGCAGGGCUUCAGUGAGCUCGUGCCACUUUACAAGCUGAUGGAGAAGAGGGACACGUUGGAGGCACUGGAGCACCAGAUGAAGAGCUACAUCGUGCAGCUGUUCCGCAAGCUCAUUGAUCAGCAGGUGUGGAGUGAUGAUGGGUCGGUGUCUCAGAGAAUGCUGCGCAGUUAUCUGCUCCUGUUCGCAUGUGUGAGGGGUCACCCGCCCUGCAUCUCCACCGCCAACGAGCUCUUCAACAAGUGGAAGGAGUCUGAUGGCAAAAUGAGUCUUCCUAACGAUGUGAGCCUGGCGGUGUUUGCGGUCGGGGCUCGCACUGAGGAAGGAUGGAACUUCCUGUUUGAGAAGUAUCGUGAAACGAUCUACACGUCUCUGAAGAGCCGGAUCAAGUCGGCCCUGUCCAUCACUCCCCUCGCUCACAAACUGAAAUCGAUGAUGGAGCAGAGUUUGGAGGGUUCGGUGAUGAAGACUCAGGACUUGCCAUAUGUCGUGGUGUCCAUCAGUAGGAACCCGAAAGGUUAUAAACACGCCUGGGACUUCCUGAGGGCAAACUGGCACUCGCUGUUGAAGAAGUUCGACCUCGGUUCCCCCUCCAUGGCGCACAUGGUGACGGGCGUGACCAGUCAGUACUCCACCAGAGAGAAGCUGGAGGAGAUUCGCAGCUUCUUCGGCUCUCUGAGUGCUGAGACGGGCUCCGAGCUGAGGUGCAUCCAGCAGGCGCUGGAGAACGUAGAGGAGAACAUCCGCUGGAUGAACAAGAACCUGCCACUGCUGCAGGCCUGGCUGGAUAAGAACCAUCCGGAACCCCUGAAGCGCUACGACCUGCACACGGACCUGUGAAGAUCUAGAAUCAGCCAGGACCUGAACCCCUGCAAAAAAAAAAAAAAAGUGAGGGGUGUGUGUGAGAUUCACAGGACACGCACUGAAGUAAAAUCUUUUUGGAGAAGAUUCAUAUGGACACUUGAAACAUGUUUAAAUAUUUGGUGUGAUUUUUUAAAGGGUUUUUGUUCUAUUGAUUUUGUCGCAGCGCUUAUUUCCAAGUUCUCUCAUGGACUUUGUAAACUGACUAUGAAUUUAAGAAGCUGCUAAAAUAAUCAAUCAAUCAACGGCUUUAAAGAGGACAUGCCAUGGAAAACUGUUUUUUGAAGUUUGUCAAAUAGUACUGGGCCGGCGUUCCCAAAAGCAUCACCGCACAAAGAAAGGGCUUUUGGGAACCCCACCCCUCGCAAUCUGAAUCAAGACAAUGGAGCCGUCUUCCCUAGUUAUUCAGCGCGAGUGUGCUGUUCCAAGAUGCACAAAAGAAAAACCGAGUCUACAGAUUCUUCCAAAUGUCCGGUGAACAGUCUCUUGGUUAUGGCACUGGUUCGGUGUUUGGCUCCUUUAUUUUCCUCUUCAGAAGUCAUUACUUACCUCUGAGUUUAACUACAACUCCACACGUCUUGGCGGUGAGGCUGACCGAGUCCUUGUUUAAAGAUGUUCGCUAACCAGAGCGAAGUUGAUUACAUAUUUCAAAGCACAGCUGCAAAAUCAGCCUGUUUUUACACACACCUCGGUGAAUAAUAUCAAAUAACUGAAAGUGUAUGGCGUGUCCCCUUUAAAGGCAACAACAUUAUUUUAGCACCCGUUUCUGAAUAAGUAGGGAGAAAAACCUCCAUCUGAAAGAGGUGCUGCAAACUAAAUGAUAACUGGACUGUGAUGAAACAUUACUGCUGGUGUUGGUGACAAUCACUUUUAUAUAAAUGGCUCAAAACGCCAUCUACUGGUCAAAAAUCAAUAGUACAAUACAAAAUAAGAGGGUUUUUUUUUUUGAGUACAUCAAAUGUACUAUUCCUAAUUUCAACUAUUUUUGUGCAGAUCUCAGUGAAAUAUUUAUGAAUUAGAUAUAAAUUUUGAAAUAAAACUCACCUUUUAAACUCGA